AUGUCGGCUGGGUGGACUAAUUACUCGGUUGGCAAUGGCAGCCAAACAGGCGAGGAUGACGGCCCCGUCUCAGUGGGGGGUGACACUCCUGCGUGCGUUAGCUGCAAGCAACGCAAGCUGCGAUGCUCGCGAGAGACACCCUCAUGCUCGCAUUGCUUGAGGCUGUCUUCCGAAUGUGUCUAUCAACCAAAGAACAAGCCUGGCCUCAAGCCAGGAGCAGUUGAGGCGUUGACCCGCCGCGUCGCCUUUCUGGAGAGGAUACUUUUGGAUGACGCUGGAAACAUCAGAUAUCGAUAUAGAGAUAACGACGCCACAUCCAAUGGGCAUACUAUCGCCCAUGAAGGGCCUAAUACCGUAAAGGAGAGCACUAUACCUCGUGUUGAAGAACACGCACAGUGUGUUGCGCCUACUCCCGAGUUCAACCACAUUUACCAAUCCGCAGAUGAAAGGCCAAGAGACCCUGAAGAGGAGAGCGGUGUGUCCAACCCGUUGAAACGGAGACAUGAAAUGCCAAUUGCUGAGAGCUGGCUUUUCCCUUUUGAAGACGUUGAUAUCGCCCAAUACUUGCCGUCUCAACCACUUCUCGAAAAGGUUGCUGACUUCUUCUGUAUCUCGUUUCACCAUUGGAUCCCGUACAUUCAUAAGCAGAGACUCCAAACACGAGUACGCCAAGGCUCUCAGGACCCGGGCCAUGUGUUGGUCCUCCACGCUUUGGUCGCGGUCGCUUUGCGACACAUGGAUCCCAACGUACUAUACCUGGACAGUGAUCAGAUACAUCAGCAAACCAGAGUCUCACGUAUGAUUGUGGAAACUCAUGCAAUGCGCAAUGUCACCAUCGAGAGUCUACAGGCCCUCAUCUUCCUAGUUUUUGAUCUUCUUAACGACGGUCAAACGCAAAGAGCAUGGCCGUUGAUCGGAUCUCUCACGAGGACUAUCGACUACCUACAACUUACUACCGAGCCAUCAACAUCACAAUCAGGAUCGCUAAUGACACCUGUUCGGCUAGUGAAGCCCUCCAGCGAUUGGACGGAGCUAGAAGAAAGGCGAAGACUAUUUUGGAUCAUAUUCCUGCUUGACAGAUUCUGUUCAGUGUCUACCGGGUGGAAUACAAGCCUCACAGCAGAUGAUGUGCACCGUCGGUUACCGGCAGAUGGCGGUUUCUUCACGAGAGAGGAACCAGUGACCACACCCUACUUCGGUAUCUGGAAUAAGGCGGCUGCUCGUAUCGGGCGCUCACUAGCAAAUGUGCCUGCACAGUACAACGAAGAGGACCCAGGUAUCGACCAUUUGCCUCAAGGAGCCAGUCCUAACUCUGCCAACGGCUACAUCGAUGCUUCCAAACUCGGUGCAUUCGCAUAUUGCGUUGAAGCAACUGAGAGUCUGAGUCAAGUGACGACAUUUUUUCUCCAACAACGGAUCAAUUGGCAAGACAAGGAGCAUGCAGUCAGUUGGUUAACGCGCUUCAAGGAGCUAGACCUGAGACUUGUGCAAUGGAAGAUCUUCUUGCCUCCCAGAUGGAAGGACUCGAACAUCUCGUCAGACAGGACUGUGGUCGACAUGGAUCCCAACCUUACACUAGCACAUAUCACGCAUAACACCUCGAUGAUUCUGCUACAUCAUCCGAUUGGAUACCCGCCUCGUGGAUGGAAUGACUUCGUUGCACUACCGAAAGAAUGUAGUGCUCAGACUUGCGAGCUUGCCGCAGUGGAAACUUCGAACAUUGUCGAUAAAUUUCUCACCCAUACUCCUAUACCGUUCGUUAACGUACAGUUCACGUUCUGUGCAUUCAUUGCCGCCAAAGCGUUACUCUUCGAACAUCAAGCCACCCAUCAACCCCUGCGCUCUGAAUUUCAUCGCCUAAUCCGCAAUCUUGAGGAGAUGGCGGCAAGAUGGAGAGGGCGGGACACGGAAGAUGCGAAACCAAACAACCAAGCCGGAACAUAUGCAAAUCACCUCAAGCGUCUACUUGAAGCCUGCCAAAACGACAAAAACUUUAGAUUCGACUUCUACGAUCACAAUGGACUUACGUUGGAUCCUCAGAACCACGCCAGUCCCACAUAUGCGGCUACUCCGCAAGCUCGCUCUAGAAGUCUUGCGCAUGAGCGUUCGCUAUUGGGGAGCCACGGGCGUAACAACAGCUUUAACAGCUCACAAUCGACUCUCAGUCCAAGACGCAUACCACCCCCAGACAUGAACCACAACACAGCUAUGCCAUCUCCGAGCGCGUACGAGCAACACCACCCACGACUACCAACAGCCCAUGCCAUAUCGCCAACUGCACCGCCUCCAAUAUACCAGUCACCGCAGGUGCCGGCUAGCUACCCCAGUCACACCCCAUCACACUAUCAACCGGGCGGAACCGUGGUCCCAACAUCUGGUCCAUCUCUCGCUCCAUACGGCGCAGGUGGUACAGCGAGGAAUCAACAAAGUGUUCAAGAUCAAUCUCUACUUAAUCUGUCUGACGCGUUUAUGGAUUCGCAUUUCUUGGACAUGGAUCGUGUUAUUACGUUUGAAGAUGCGAAUUUCUUUCUUCCUGGAGAUGCGUUUCGAUGGCAGUAG